CGAUGGUUUCGCGUGGACUCAAGGAGACAUUGCUGUUCAAGUUCUUCGUUGUCAGAUGUAUUACUCUCAACUCAGCGUUCGUAACUAUCCCCACGGGACCCGGCAACCAGGAAAGCUCGAAUGUGAAAUGCUCCUUCACCACCAACAUUUGAUUAGUUCUUUAAUAGAUCAGGGAAAUCUUCAUGGGUCAUCUGUUUUUUUUUUCGCCCUUCUCUAGCCCAAAGGCAACGAUCCCUUGGUUUUCACGUCUUCUGGUAGGACACUGAAGAAUGACCAAUAUCGCUGCCAUUACAAUCUUGUCUGUCCUAUUCACCUCCUCCAAAGCUUUCUCCAUCGGUGCUCUUCCGGCCACCGUAACAGCUGGACAAGUGGAAUCUCUUACAUGGAUGCGAAGCGAGAGUGAUCCGACGUGUUUUUUACUCGGAAAGACUUCAGCUGCGAAAAACAUGUUGGGAGAGAUCAGCCCUACGGUUUCAGUGAGGAUGGAACAAACUCAGGGGAUCCUACCAGUUACCUUUAACAAUGCUCAAAUCCAAGUGACUAUCGUUGCGUACGACCUUGACCAUAGUAAAGAGCCUCCGUUCUAUAUCGACUCUAAUCCAAUAGAGAUUUUGUCGCCCAUUCCGACAAGCUCUGCAAAUUUAACACAGAGUAUUAGUAUUAUUGACCGUAACGGUGCUACACCAAGCCGUGGGACUAGUGGGACUAGUAUUUCGCAGCCUACGCCAACGACCUCCUCGAUGGAGGCCACUUCUCCUCAAACAAGACAAAGAUCCCGGAGGUCUGCCGCUAUCGCAGGAGGCGUAGUGGGUGGUGUUUUUGGCCUGGCUAUAAUCAUCACCUCUGCUUUUUUGAUUUUAAAGAGAAGGAAGAAGAAACUCGUGCAUGGUGAAUAUAGUUUAACGCCCUUUUACGAUACGACGGGUUCCGACAUAACGCACACAGAUACAAGCCAGGUGAUUGGACGGAAAUCCCCUGUGCGUCAGCCACAGGCAUCUGAGCAAGAACCAGGAUCAAAUCGGCUGGGAGACGACACCAUUCAAGGCUGUCAAGCCAAAAUCUUGUUGGUCAUUGAACGCAACUCAUUCCCCUUCGUAUACGAAUUUCCUUUCUUGGUUAUGGACUCGGAACCAUCGACUUGAACACUGCCUUUUUACACUGCUUCGUAUCGCAACCGCUAGUUACCAAAUUAGGAAUACUUUUC